AUGCCACCUCCGUCUCCACCGGAGAGCGGGAGCGCCCAGGUGCUCCGGGCCGCGCCCGGGCGGGUGGAGCCGCCGGCACGGAGCCCGCGGAGCGCAGCCAUGGGACCCACAGCCAUGGGACCCGGAGAGGCGCUGCCCGCCCCAUGGGGCCCGUCUGUCCGUCCGUGCGGGUCUGUGUCCGUCUGCGCGGGUGCCGUGCUCUCUUUUUCUUGCCAUGACUCCUGUUAAGCAUGGUGCCAGAUCAUCAACAUGUCUGAAUCACGCUCUCCUUUCCUCACCUCUAUGGAGGGGACUGGCAAUGAAACAAUCUGGAGCAUUUCUGUGCCUUCUGGAAGCAAAUAUCAGCUCUCCAUUGGCUUGGCUUUGGCUAUAGGUUCCAGUAUCUUUAUUGGUUCUAGUUUCAUACUGAAGAAGAAAGGACUUCUGAAACUGGCAGACAAAGGAGUCACCCGAGCUGGACAAGGUGGAUAUUCUUAUUUGAAGGAAUGGCUUUGGUGGGCUGGACUGCUAUCAAUGGGAUUAGGAGAAGCUGCAAACUUUGCUGCCUAUGCCUUUGCACCUGCAACCUUAGUUACACCCUUGGGUGCACUGAGCGUUCUCAUAAGUGCUAUAUUGUCAUCCUAUUUUUUAAAUGAGAAGCUGAAUAUUCAUGGAAAGCUGGGCUGUGUACUGAGCAUUUUGGGGUCAACAGUCAUGGUUGUUCAUGCCCCAGAGGAGGAGGAGGUCACCUCACUAGAUGAGAUGGAAAGAAAGCUGCAAGAUCCAGCAUUUGUUACAUUUGCUGUUCUCCUAACAAUUGUUGCCCUUGUCCUGAUUGUUUUCGUGGCUCCAAAGAGAGGCCAAACAAAUAUCCUGAUCUACAUUUUAAUUUGCUCACUCAUCGGUGCAUUCUCUGUCUCAUCUGUGAAAGGCCUGGGCAUUGCCAUUAAACAAAUACUGGAGGGGAAACCAGCCUAUCACCAUCCCCUGGUUUACAUUUUGGUGGGCAUCUUGGUGCUCUCAGUCAGCACUCAGAUCAACUAUCUCAACAAAGCACUGGACAUGUUCAACACAUCCCUCGUGACACCCAUUUAUUACGUGUGCUUCACUACGACAGUGGUGACCUGCUCCAUCAUCUUGUUCAAGGAGUGGAGUAGUAUGGAACUGGGUGAUAUCAUUGGAACCCUGAGUGGAUUCUGCAGCAUCAUCAUUGGCAUUUUCCUACUACAUGCUUUCAAGAACACUAACAUCACCUGGAGUCAGUUGAUGUCCACUGUUGCCAAAGAGCCAUCACUGUCACGCCGUGAAAUUGAAACCAGUCACACUUUGCUGGAGAGCGUGGAAGACCCGGCUUUGGUGUAUGACGAGGACAACAUUUUAUUCAGUCAAUGA